UUUCACUCUCUCUCUCUCUCUACCGGUUGCCUCCGUCUCUUUGCGGCUCCGCCUCGCUCGCCGACCUCCUCGCAACGGCGGCGACGAUGCAACCGGCGGCAGGCGUAGAUCCGCGGCGCACACCUCCGCCGCAGCCUUGGGCGGCGGUGCGGUACCCGGCGCCGCCGAUGGUGAUGCAGCACCCGAUGAUGGGACCGCCGCCGCCAUACGGGCACCCCUUCGUGCCCUACCACCAGCCCCCGACGCCUCCACCUCUGCCGCCGCCCAUGUCGAAAUCGAUCCGCUACCAGCAGGGCGGGGAGGCUGCGGCAGAGGACGAGAGGCGGACGAUCUGGGUGGGGGAUCUCCAGUACUGGAUGGACGAGAACUACCUCCAUAGCUGCUUCGGCCACACCGGUGAGGUUAUCUCUAUAAAGGUUAUUCGCAAUAAGCAAACGGGACAAUCAGAGGGUUACGGGUUUGUUGAGUUUCAUUCUCAUGCAACCGCUGAAAAAGUACUUCAGAACUUCAGCAAUCAUCCGAUGCCAAACACAGAUCAGCCAUUUCGGUUAAAUUGGGCAUCAUUUAGCAUGGGCGACAAGCGUUCAGAUCUUGCUUCUGAUCAUUCUAUUUUUGUAGGUGAUUUAGCUUCUGAUGUUACUGAUUCAAUUUUGCAUGAAACUUUUGCUACCAAGUUCUCAUCAGUAAAAGGUGCAAAAGUUGUCGUUGAUGCAAAUACUGGGCGCUCAAAAGGUUAUGGGUUUGUAAGAUUUGGAGAUGAGAGUGAGAAAAAACUUGCCAUCACUGAAAUGAACGGUGUUUAUUGUUCGACUAGGCCUAUGCGCAUUGGCCUUGCUACACCUAGGAAGUCUUACGGUGGUUUUGGACAAAAUGGUUCACCUGCAGCUGGCUCACAAUCAGAUGUCGAUUCUGCUAAUACAACAGUAUUUGUUGGAGGGCUUGAUCCAGAUGUCAGCGAAGAUGAUCUGAAAGAAGCUUUUUCACAGUAUGGAGAGAUUGCCUCCGUUAAAAUUCCAUUUGGAAAACAAUGUGGUUUUGUGCUUUUCAUCCAUAGGAAUAAUGCUGAAGAAGCAAUGAAUCAAUUAAAUGGUACAGUUAUUGGCAAGCAAACAGUGCGUCUAUCCUGGGGUCGCAACCCUGCUAAUAAACAGUCAAGAGCCGAACGUGGCAAACGGUGGAACGGCAUGUACUACGGGGGACAAAUGUAUGAUGGAUACGGUUUGCCUCCUCAUUACCCCGGCAUGUAUGCGGUACCAUAUGGGGCUUAUGCUUUUUAUGGAAACCAACAACAAGUGAACUAAGAUCAUUUGUUGCUGAUUCCAAAAGACAAUCUUGCAGCAUAGUUGUAGCAGUCGAUGGUGGUCGGUGAGCCAGUCAUAAACCCUGUUGUGUGAUGUGUGUAAACUUAUGAACUUAAGUUUGAACUAUUGGUUCUUACUGAGUCUAAGAUUUUGUCCCAGUUAUGACUAAAUUUCAACUCUUAAUUUGUGCGGAAAUGGAUGCCGAUCAAUUUUAGGAUA